AUGCUUCAUCGACCUACUCUCAUGCCUGCAUCAAUGAAAUCAUCCUCAAAAUUCAACUUAUCUACUAAUUCAAAACAUUCAUCUCAAUCAAGUAAAAUAGAAAGUCCAGAAUUGAUUCAACUACUUAACUGUGGUGAUGAUGAUGAUGAAAUAGUUAUUGUAGAACCUACAGAUCCAGAUGAAGAUCGUAUGAAACAGGGAGAUACAACAUUUGAUGAUGUAUUAAACAAAGAACAAGAAGAUUAUGCGGAGGAAGAUUACAAUGGGAAUGAUGGAGAUAUGAAUUCAGAUGACUCUCAUAUGAAAGGUGAAUCUCACAUCCCAGUGUCGAAUAUUAAAGUGGAUGAAGCCACUGGAAAUGGAACUCCAGUGACCGUAACCACAGAUUCGGUUAAACCUAUUGGAAUUUUACCUCUGAAUGAUGUGAUUCACAAUUUACUCACAUGUACACCACAUGUUGCUCCCACCAUACAAAAUGUUGCACUUCAACCUAUACUGUCGGGUAAAAUGAAUGGAUCGGGAAGUGUGCAAAUGCCGAAUGUUGUUUCCAAUGCAUUGCCUACAUUGUGGCUUCAUUCUCCUGUUGUGAAUUCAACGGAAAUGAUGAGUAUGCCUAAUGUGAAUAGUGUGACAGAUUUGACGAGUAAUAUUGUACAGAAUAGUGGGACUGCACUGAAUCCACUUGUUGCUGCUGUGCUUGUGAAUUGUGCCACAGUGAACAUGAUAAGUCAGCUAGCUGGAUCUAUGUGUACUCCGCUGGUGAACAGCAGUAUGAUCGAUGGUAAUGUUAAUGGUAGUAAUGUGAACAACAAUAGUGAGCACACUAGUAGUGCUUGUAGUGUUAGUUGUGGUAGCAGUGGAGUCAACACAGUAACAAUCCCUACAGCGUCAUUACUUCCCAAUUUGUUAUCUGCCAUUCCUUUGUCUACGUAUAUAUCGGGAUUAGGACUGAAUACAACUGGAGGUAUAAUUACUUCACCAAAUAGUUUGUGUAAUGUUGGUGUUACUAGUACAGCUGUCUCGUCUGCUGAAACCCUUAAUAAUAAUAAUAGUAAUAAUAAUAAUAAUAAUAAUAAUAAUAGUAAUAAUAAUAAUAAUAAUAAUAUUGGUGGUAUGAUUGUGACACCAUCGAAUGUUGAGAAUAUUACAGUUUCUUUAUCAUCUGAUCGAAGUUCUAGUCAAGCUGAAUACUUACAUGUGUCUGACGAUAAAAACACUCAGCGUCCUGUUGGACGUGUUAAACGCUUCAAAUGUCCUAUGGUUAAUUGUCAAAUGUCAUUUCACAGUAGAUUCAAUCAAAUGGAACAUAUACGUACACAUACUGGUGAGCGUCCAUUCACUUGUCCAGAACCUCAUUGUACUUCAACAUUUAAACGUAGACGUGAUCUUCGUGAUCAUUGGAGUAUGCAUCUCUUAGAUUGCCCACCAUCAGCUACAUUGACUGAAGAAGAAUUCAAUAAAGCAUUGAAAGAAGCUGAUGAAAAAUAUAACGCAAUGUAUAAUUGGGAAACGUUCAAUGUAAACGCUUCAGUUAAUAAAGAUAAUAUUACUGGUAGUAGUAAUAAUAAUAGUAAUGACAACAAUAAUGAUGUAAAUACUGUAAAGUCCGAAUCAUCUCAGUCAUCCGUGGUAAUUCCUGACCCCAGAGCACUGUUUAACAUUAAGUCUGUUAGUGAAUUGGGUAGAUAUCAUUGUACAUAUCCUGGAUGUGAUAAAUCGUAUGCUAGACGGCAUCGCUUGAACCAACAUAUAUCAACACAUACUGGGACUGGUCCGAUACCGUGUGAUGCACCGAAUUGUAAUGUCAGGUACUUUUCAGAAGAGGAUUUAAAGAGGCACAAAUUAUCUCAUCUUUAUGCGGCUGAUAAGGAUUCACGGCGUCGACAUGCUUGUACAUAUGCUGGAUGCGGUAAAGCCUAUUCAAAGCUAAACAAGCUCAAAGAGCAUUUACGAUCACAUACAGGUGAAAGGCCCUACGUCUGUCGUGAACCUGGUUGCGGUGCUGCAUUCAUCCGACUAUACGGUGUUAAACGUCAUGAAUUAACACACGUAUUCGGCCGUAAACGUGCUGAAAGACUGUCUCAAAUCCCUAACACUAAUGGUAUGACAGGGACUAGUUUUGAUAUUUCUGACCCAAGGUUGGAUAUUCAGAACAAUCCAGAAAUAACUACUAGUUCACCAUAUAUCUUACCAAAGCCGGAACCAUUGGAAACAAGAAAUGAGAUAUCGAUAGCACCAGCUGUUAUGAAAAAUCGUCCUCUCCCAGCUAUUGCACCAAAAUCGAGUGUAUCUCUUCCGAUGCGUCCGAUUUCUCCUAUAAGUGGGAAUCCAGGAAUGAGACGACCACAUAUCUGUCCAUUUAAAGAAUGCGGUAAAGCAUUCCCAAAACUGAAUAAACUGCGUGAACAUAUAUGUCGACAUACAGGUGAACGGCCAUUUGUGUGUGAUCAGUGUAAAGCUUCAUUUGUCCGUAUGUAUGAUUUACGUCGUCACAGCAAUAUCCACAUUCGUGGUGCACAACCAAGAAGUUUGUCACGUUUUCUCACAACUCCACAACAAACAAAUGAAACACUUAAAUCUAUUGUCACAAACAGUCAGAUUUCUGUCAGUACUGCUCCCAAUACUGCUACUAUUACUACUACUCACACCACUUAUACUACUACUGCUACGACUAAUACUAAUACUAUUCCUACUGCUAUUACGACAGUUUCUGCAGCUGGUCUUAUUUCAGAUACUACAAAUUCCACCAUCUCUACUGUUCCUGUUUCGAUCAGUAUUCUCAAAGUUGGAGAAGAGUCAGAACUAAUCAAAAUGGAAGAAUUUAUUGAACAAUCAACAAGUCUACAACCAUGUGAUACUGAUGAUCAGGUAACAGAUUGUAUUGAUAAAUAGUGUCACUCACCUUGGAUCGUUUGAUUUUGACGAUUAUUUAAUAUAAACGGAAUGAUCGAUAACAUUUUUGUACAAAAAAUUAUCCACUAUUAGUUGUCGCUGACGAUGCAGUAAUAAUGAUUGUAGUUGAUUCAUUAAUUUGUAGUGCUUUUUUUACAAAUGCCAUUCAUUCAUUAACCAACCAACUAUUUGUAUGUUCACCAAUAAUUAGUAUUAUCAUUUUUUUUUUUGGUAUUU